UCGAAAUAUAACAGAGUGAUUAGACAUUCUUUGGCUGAUAAAAAUUAGUAUUUCGCAAUGAUUUAGAAAAUCAAGUAAUGCGGCGAUGCACUGCAAAAUUUAUGCCUUGGCGCUCAAUAAUUUUCUUUGUAAUGGACGGUUUUAUGCUCGUCCAAUUGUGCGCUACUGCGAAAAGAGAUAUAAUCUACUAAAUAAUUAAGUGUAUAACGUUUAGCAACCAUGGCCGGACUAUCGCACAUAGUGAUUUUGGCGGCGAUUCUCGGAAUUACCAGCCAGUGUCCGAAUGUACCGAUUAAUUAUCCCGCUCAGCCGCUUGACCCAACCCAGGCAGUCGGAAUCUGGUAUGAAUAUUACCACAUGGAUUACCCUUUUGAGCCAUACAAUGCCUCCACCGACCCUAGCAGCUACAACCUGAUACAAAAUGCCACCAUCCUGUUCCCCCUUCCGUCCACCAGUUCCUCUGGCUGCGGAGGUGGUGCACCGACAUCGUACGCCAUCACCUGGAUGUACAACGGAUAUAUGCCGGGCAAUUCGCCAUCCGAUCCGCUGACCUGCAUCGCUAUCUGGCAGCAGGGGAACUUGAGUAGCGACGGCCGACGACAUGUGGUAGCGCAGUUCGAUACUGCUCCUCCCUUCAAUUUUCUCUACACGAACUAUACCUACACCAAUCUCUUUACCGAUUAUACACUGAUGCAAGUCCUGUACCGCUGCGAUAUACCGAAUCCCGAUGGGGUUAACUGUGAUCAGCCGUUUGUGUGGGUGCACACCCGGAUAAAGCCGCCACUGCUCACAGCUGCGCAGAGGCAGUACAUUCAGGCAACCGCCGAUCCGCUAAUUGCACCGAUCGCUUGUGGCAAGUUCAAGAUGGCUGAUAUAUCGCCUUCGAAAUGGGAUCUCAGCAAGACGAGUCCGCCGUGUAAUGUCGCCGAUAAUCAGCCGCCGAUGUCUAGCGAGUUUCGAGCGACAUUGCCCGUCAAAUGGGCCGGCGCAUAAUUUUCGGAUAGAGUAUACCGAGUUUUCAAAGAUAUUAUUAUCAAAAAGUCUUGAAAGAUUUUUAAAAAAAUGUCGGCCGAGUUCGAGGCUACGCUACCAAAAUUGCCGUAAACUGUCAAGAUAUUUGUCGCUUUUACGCUUUUGACUCUAUUACAGCGCGUGUUUUAAGAGCUAAUAUCUGCGGAAUGAAUGGAUGAGUUUGGCUUGCUGGCGUCAACGCCAGUUACUGUAUAACUCUGUAACUGUAUAAAC